AUACUGUCUCAUCUCCUAUUAUUUUCACAGGUCAUCAAAUGUAAAGCAGCCAUAGUCUGGGAAACUAAGAAACCAUUUAGCAUUGAAGAAAUAGAAGUAGCCCCGCCAAAAGCACAUGAAGUUCGCGUUAAGAUGUUGGCUACUGGAAUCUGUCGCACAGAUGACCAUAUACUCAGUGGUUCAAUAAAAGCGAACCUCCCCGUUAUUCCUGGCCAUGAAGGGUGUGGUGUUGUGGAGAGUGUUGGGGAAAGAGUUACCAUUGUGAAACCAGGAGACAAAGUCAUUCCACUCUGUCUUCCACAAUGUGGAAAAUGCAGACCUUGCAAGCAUCCUGAAGGCAACCUGUGUGAAAAGACUGACUUUUUCGAUAUUAAGGGAGUAAUGUAUGAUGGCACCAGCAGAUUCUCUUGCAAAGGGAAACCAGUUCACAAUUUUGCUGGCACCAGCACCUUUUCUGAAUACACCGUGCUACAUGAAGAUUCAGUGGCCAAAAUUGAUCCUGCAGCUCCACCCGAGAAAGUAUGCCUGAUAGGCUGUGGAUUUUCUACUGGCUAUGGAGCUGCCCUCAAAACUGGAAAGGUAAGCACUGCAAA